AUGGCGGACCAGAUGCUCAAAGAUCGGCAAGACGUCCCCAUCUGGAACGCUAUCGACGCCGGCAACUUCAAGCAAGCCCUGAAGCUGGUUGACAAGCGGCUAGCUAAGAAACGAACUGAUUAUUUUGAGGCUCUGAAAAUAUAUAUUCGGUCCAGAUCACCGCUAUUAGCGGAGAAGCAGGCUGUACUUUUACAUCUAGACGAGUUGGCCGAGAAGAAGAAAGCUAUUGCGGAACUAGAGACGGUGGAGUUGUAUGAUGAGGCUUUUGGGGAGGUCUUGCCUGAGCCUCAGGAGAGCUGGGAUAAGAUUAUCGGGGAGUUGAGAUGGCUAUGUGUCAAGUCUCAGCCGAAGAAUGAAGAUUUGAGCUUGAAAUGCUUUCAAGCUUGUCUUAGAAAGGGUGAUUUGGAGCAUGCUAAGCAGAUUUCUGAGAAAUAUCCAGAGAAGCAGAGGAAAUUAUGGGGCUCGCUGGCCUUUGCCCAAAUCGGAAAAUUAGCAACUGCGACCAAACAAGCCACAUUAACCCGAUCCCGGCAGGAUCCAAAGAAGCUGCCAAUUCGGUCACUACAGACACCACAAGAGUUGCUUCUUCUGCAUAGAGUUACAGAAGCUCUUGGGAAACCAGAGCAGCGAUUAGAAUUUCUCAAUGAUCCCACGCUUGGACCAGAGUCGGCAGUUGCAAAAGGCGAAUGGCAACUGUGGAGAUUCAAGUUGAAUCUCUUGGAAAAUGCCGCAAAGUGGCAAGAGCUGUAUGAAACAACCAAAUCUUUGCUCAAACGGGCAAGAACUAAGGAUCAGUCUGGCCAGCUUUCGGAAUCCGGGUUGAGUGACUGGAUUGUGUGGGAGGCGUUUAUACGAUCAGCUGUGGAGCUGCGGAAUCACGAGCCUAAGGACGCUGUGAUUGCGGAAGUUGAAGCUCACUUAGAUCCAGCUUGCGAAAUUGACAAAAGCUGGAAGCGGAACGCUUCACUAGCCUUGGUCAAAAUAACUUUCGUCAGCAGCUCGCCAUUCCAAGCUCAACCUCAUGACAGAAUCCCCGUGAUUAUCAAGUACUUGCAGAAAUAUGGGAAUGCGAGCACAGCGUACAAUGACCUUAGACCUUUCGUAGAACAGCUGAAUGUUGAGGAUAGAAAACAAUUACUGGAGCUUAUCUUAAAAGAUGCAAUAUUCGAGGAGACCAAAGAGGACAAAGACAUCAAGACCACAAACAGAAUCACUCAACUUAUCAACACAUACAAGCUGAGGUACCUUCUCACAAGCAGUCUGCCAGAAUACCAAAUUCGCGCAGGCGCAGCGUACAAAUCUAGCCGCAAUGGCUCAAACGGGCAAUACUCGACAUCGUCGCUCAGACAACUCGCGCAAGAUGCUGCGAAAUCGUACCUUGCGGCAGUCCAUGGAGGACGAGCUGCCUGGAAUCUUUUACCGACAGAUACCCAUCCAGCUGACGAUCUAUGUUUAUUGUCUGCUAUGUGUUUAUUCAAACUAGCACUAGCCAGUACCGAAGACUCUGAACCUCUCUCAGGUGCUAAAGCUUCAUAUGUAUUGCAAGCUACGGCGCUGCUAGAGUACGCCCUGACACACUCGCAGCCGAAUUUUCAAAUGUCUUUAUUGCUAAUUCGUCUGUACUAUUACCUUGGGUGUGGUUCGAUGGCUAUGCACGCAUAUAAACGUCUUGGACUCAAACAGAUCCAGCUUGAUACCUUGUCAUAUACCCUAUUUGAUAGAAUAUCGACGUUCCACCCGCACCCAUUUUCACACUUCGUUUCGGAUUCCUCGCCAUACCGAACACCUAUUGAGAGCCUUCAAAAGCAGCAAAAGAUGUAUAGGAAUUCUCGAGAUCAAAUCAGCAAAAAUAUAUGGCUGUCAUAUAAGCAUGGUAGCUACAAUUCCAUAUUUGAGAUUAAGGAGGUGUUGGAUACUUUAUCCCGCACUUUAUCAGCAGCCAUGUCUGUUGUUGAAAGCCGGAAAAUCUCUGGUCUGAUACCAUCGAAGACUGAAUCAGGUGCUUCUGAUGGCGGUUUCGAUAUCCUUCCACCCAACUUAGAAGCCUCAGAGUCUCCCUUUUCAGACACGAAUGAUUACGCCACGUUUCCGAACUUUGAGUGUACUCAAGGACCGCGAUUCGAGGAGCUGUGUAGAUUUGUACCAGCCUCGUCGGACUAUCGAACGCGAAUCAAUCUCGCAGCGGAGAAGUUGGCACAGCUCUUGCAACCAAUCCCAGAAGACAAAGGAGGCAAAGCUGCAUCCCACUCCGCACUGCAAUCAUUCCUCGCUUCUCCCCCUGAGAAAUUCCCCAAGUCCUCCGGGGAUCUCCUCACGCAACCAGAAGAACUCACCAGGCAGAGCUACGAUGCCAUGGCCCUCAUCAUCCAAGAUGUCUGCGAUCGCGAACGCUGGGCCGAUCAAAAAUUCUCGGAGCAGUUGGAAUCGCACAACAAGGAGUUGUGCGAGAGUCUGGAAGAACAGCGGUCUCUUGUAGAGAAUAUCAAGGCACCGGUCCCUGCGCUAGCAUGCACACUACAUGCACUGUACACAGGGUAUGAAGCCGGUAAAACAGCAUCGAAAUUCAGCGUCUACCUCUCAAGCAAGGCGAAAGACAUUCCUGGCAGCCAAAGCCAAAGCCAAGGCGAAGCGAACCAGAAGAUUGCCGCGGCGGCACAGCGGCUCUUGCAAACCGUUGCAGAGAAAUGUGUAGCCAUUAAAAAGGGGUUGGAUGAAGGGGGUUUGAUUGAUAAAGUGCUGGAUAGUGUGUUACAGGGCCCUGAUGGCACCGAUGCCGACGUAUCUGUGUUGUGUGAGCUGAGAGAUUCGCUCGAUGAAUCGCAUCUGGAGCUCUGGGCUGGAGAUGUUGUGGAGAGUUGGCGGGAUUCUGUUGUUGGGCUUUCGUGGCUGAAGGUAUAG